AUGGCGGCUUGACGACACCUUGUUAUUAUUUACCGUAGCGAUAGACGGUAGGUAAUCAAUGAAACGAAUCGUUCAGUGAUUAGCGAAGAAGAACAACGGUAGACCCAGGGGAAAUUUAAAGGUAGCCAUUGUACACGCAAACGGGAGGUGAGGCGGUAACAUCAGCCACCAGAGAGACAGCAGGUACGCGGCUGGAUCCGGAAUCUGGACUGGGAUAUUUAGUGAUAUCAUUUUAAACACAACAUGGGCUGUAAACAGGGAAAACAAGUUCAGGUACAGCCCGUGGGAGCUGCUGAAGUGAGACAUGACAAUAUCAACAUUAGGAAAACUAAAAGUGAAGUUUCAGAAUAUGACAUUGAUGAAAACACAGGGUCUAAAGUGUCUAAAAAGAAAAACAAAAGGACAAAAUCUUCAAAAAGUAACAGGAGCAAGGACUCAUUAGGUUCAUGUCUCAGUUUGGAUGACCGAAAUUCCAUACCAGAUUCGGAGAGAGGCAAUUCGGCCACCUCGAAAUUCUCAAAAAAUAGUGCUGAUUCUGGGUUUGGAGCAGAGUACGCCCAUGUCAUCACUGAGGAGUCGGAUAUGAGCCGAGUCAAGGAUGUAGAAAGUAGUUUCGUCCCUAAUGAUGGACUGGACCUGGGAAUCACCGGAGUCGCCUGUCCGACCCGCCUCAGCGCCAAGGACAAGGAUCGUAUGGAGGAAUCAAUGGUGUUACAGUCCCUCCGGGAGGAGGGACUUAUCGCCCGUCCCCACGCCAAGUCCUCGGGCGGCACCAGCUUCGAAAUCGUGGCGGCAGAUAACUCGCUCCUCGGCGAUAGAGUCGGUGUGCCACGUCCACCACCCAGGCUAGCCAAGUUGGAAAAACGACGAAAGAAGAAGAAACAGUUAACGGAGGAAGAAAUUAGAGAAAAGCUGGAGAAAGCUGAAAGAAGAAAAAAGCGUAAGGAACAGGAACGUCUAGAGAAAAUUCAGAAGCUGGAAAAGAGCAAGGACAGUGUCACUCACGCGCUUGAGAAGUUCAUGGUGAGUCAAGAACAGAAAGAUAAAGAGGUUCACCAGAAAAUAGACAUUGUGGCCGACAAACGGGAGAAGAGGCUUCAAGAAAUAAAAGAAAAAAUAUCCAAGCGCGAAGCACAUGCCGCCAUGGUUAGAAAACGAAAGGAACAGGCGGUGCUACAGGGCAACACCAACCCAAUGACCAGCGAGUUUCCAGAGGAUGAGGGACCUCAAUGAUGGACACUUUCUAGUGAACUGCUUACUUAUAAAACGUGAACAAAAUGGACAGGGAACUUGUCAGUCAUGAUCAGUUACAAGCGUUACUGCACAGGGAACUUACUUCCUCAUUAGGGAUCAACUGCCCAGACUCCAAUGAUAGGAUCAAUGUUCCCGUAUCCGCCAAUGGCUGUCAAGAGUGUUACGUGUAUUAUCAUCUACACUUCACUGUAAUAGGAAUAAUUCGGUGGUAAAGUUUGGUAUUAUAACUAAGUAUACGCCAAGAUUUAACUGUGUACUAAAUGAUAUUCACAGAAAGGAGGAAUCUGAUUGGAUAUCAAUACCUGAAAAUACGUUGCUCAUUUCCGGUUCCGGUUGUGUCAGACUCAAAGGGAAAACGCUCAUUAAGUGCUCAAUGUGGCUUUAGAAACCAUAUAGUUCUUCACCCUUCACAAUGAUUCCAGGACUUAUCCUUUUGGUACCAUAUGUAAUUUUUUACUUCAAAAAAUGGUGUCGACAACAACUUUUUUGUGCGUUCGGUUGUUGUUAACUGCAGAGAAUUUGGGAACGCAUUGACCGAUUAUCUUGGAGAUAGACUUUUUUUGGAGACAUUGUAAUGCAAGACUUUUUUUUAUUUUUGGAGACAAUGUGAUGCACAUAUGGCUAGAACUUAUUAUUAGUGUUGACUGCAUAGUGCCAGUGAUGCACCCAGUAAGUUGGCUCAGCCCCUGACAGAUUUUUUAUCAAACAAAUUACAAAUCUGAUUUCCCUACAGUUUACGCGUUCUCAGUUCAGAAGUCAAUGUCCUUUUAAUUUUUGAAACCCUGAGCCAAGAAGUGUGCUUCUUAAUUCACUCCCUCCCCACAUUACUUGGUGUGUCAACAGUAACCAUUUCUCUUCCAAAAGGAAUUGGAAAUAAUGGUUUAUGACCUGUAGAGCAGGUAGUUGUUGUGGAAAAUAUCGAUCAAGGAAGCAUUGAUUUUUGUGAGAUGUAUAAAUAAUGACCGUGGUCUACCUCAGCCAGGCAUACACGGACCACGUUAAGACCUAGCGUUCUGGGCAUUCACUGUGAUACUGUUAAAGUUUACAAAGUUUAUUUGGAGCCUGUUGUAUAUGAACAUCAGUUGAGUAAAGAUACUUUCAAAUCAGCGGUUUCCGUGAUUCAUAUUGUCCUGUACAGGCUAGAACACAAAGGAGUAUGAAAUUUAUUAUAUUUUUCUUAUUUUUUUAAACUUAACUGUAAUGUAGCAGCAGUAAUAGAACUGGAGCUUGUCUCAGCAUAAUAUAUCUUAAUUAAUUUGAGAGCUUAUAAGUAGUUCUGUUUCGUGUUGAAGUCUUUAUAACAUUCACCUCUAACGCAUGUCUUCAUCAUUUUUAUCUUCCGCUCUACUACAGCAUAUAUUUAUUCGUUAAAUCAUUUUUAGUGUUUAUAAUAUGAUUGCAGAUUAAUUCCGCGUUUAUUUUCCUUAAGUAUAUCUUACAUUGUGGUUCUAUCUUUUUCGUGAUGGAUUUGGAAGUUUGAUUAUUGUCUGAAACGAGACUCAUAAGAACACGUAACCCACGUUAUCCAGAGCUAAUCAGGACAACUAAUUAAUGACGUCGAAACCCGUCACAUACUGAUCAUACUCUCUCAUUAUGCGAUUGUUGGAUUUUCUCGAAAUAGUGAUUUUUGAUGUAUUUCUGUACGAAUUGUUGUAUUAUUUAUUCAUUACUUUACAUGAAAUACAAUGGUUUAUGGGUAUAUUGUCACCCUCUUAGGUAAUAACUUGAUGUAAGUAAAGGGUCUCUCGUGCCAUGGGGUACUUUUCUAUCGGUCUACCUCCAUUCAGGUAAUAUACAUUGGAAUGAGGUACUUUCACGAUCUUCUGAAAUAAGGUCAAUUUCUUUAUGUUAAGUAGUAAAGGUACAAAAAUAAACGAAGAGAUCAUUUUCCCAACGGAUACUAAAUCUUUCCUGUACUGGGUAUUAUAGAAGUAGGCCAUACCUGUAUAUAUACAGGGAAGGGUAUUAUACCUGUAAACCAUUGUAAUGUUCUUGUGUAAGGUAAUCCCCCUUAAAACAGUAUUACGGUAUGGUCCAUAAUGGACUCCAUUGUUCGUUGAUCUACACAUAUUUCGUUAAACCCAAAUGAAAUAAAAAAUCAAAUUGA